CUUCAUUACCACACGUGGUGCCUUGCCGCGGUGUGUGGAGAGGGGUUUAUGUGUUCCUCGCUCUGACUGCGCGUACAUCCAGACGUAGUGUAGCGACAGCUGUCCUCGUGUGCUUCUACUGAGGAGAAACUUGCAAUUUACAGCUGCAUCAGGUACACACUUCAUACAGUGCGAUGGCGGAGCGUGUCUUGGUCAUCGGGAGCGGGGGCAGGGAGCACUCCCUGGCCUGGAAGCUGGCCCAGUCUCCUCUCGUACAGCAGGUCCUGGUUGCUCCUGGGAAUGCCGGCACCGCUGACAACGGGAAGAUCUCCAAUUCAGCGGUGUCGGUGAGUAAUCACUCCAUUCUGGCUCAGUUCUGCAAGGAUCACAGUGUGGGGCUGGUGGUGGUGGGGCCGGAAGCACCUCUGGCUGCAGGGAUGGUGGAUGACCUCACUGCGGCGGGGGUCUGUUGUUUCGGACCCUCUGCAAAGGCAGCCCAGCUGGAGGCCAGUAAGAGUUUCUCCAAGGAGUUCAUGGACCGGCACGGCAUCCCCACGGCCCGCUGGAGAGCCUUCACUGACCCUCAGGAGGCCUGCAGCUUCAUCCACAGCGCUGAGUUCCAGGCUCUGGUGGUGAAGGCGAGCGGUCUGGCCGCUGGGAAAGGAGUGAUCGUGGCAGAUGACAAGGACCAGGCAUGCAGGGCAGUGUGGGACAUCAUGCAGGACAAGACGUUCGGAGCUGCAGGGGAGACAGUGGUGGUGGAGGAGCUGCUGGAAGGAGAGGAGGUUUCGUGCCUAUGUUUCAGCGACGGCUCCACUGUGGCCCCGAUGCCUCCUGCACAAGACCACAAGCGACUCCUGGAUGGAGACCUGGGCCCCAAUACAGGGGGCAUGGGGGCGUACUGCCCCACUCCACAGGUUUCAGAGGAUCUGCUUCAGAAGAUCAGAGAGACAGUAUUGCAGAAAACGGUGGACGGGAUGAGACAGGAGGGGAGCCCCUAUGUUGGGGUUCUGUACGCAGGGCUGAUGCUGACCCGGGAUGGGCCCAGGGUGCUGGAGUAUAACUGUAGGUUUGGAGACCCGGAAUGCCAGGUGCUGCUGCCCCUGCUGAAGAGCGACCUGUACCAAGUGAUCCAGGACACGAUGCAGGGGAGACUAGCAUCUAGCACCCCCACCUGGCAGGAGAACAGCGCUGCUGUUACUGUGGUGAUGGCGAGUGGAGGGUAUCCAGGAGACUAUAAGAAGGGCAUUGAGAUCACAGGCCUGUCUCGGGUGAAGGAGCUGGGGCUGCAGGUGUUCCAUGCUGGCACUGUGCUGAAGGAGGGCAGGGUGCUGACCAGCGGAGGCAGAGUGCUGACCGUCACCGCCGUCAACCGCGACUUGCCCACCGCACUGCAGAACGCCAACAAGGGUGUGGCCAGCGUGCAGUUCCAGGGGGCCGUCUACCGCAGAGACAUCGGGCAACGGGCCAUCGCCUUCCUCCAGCAGCAACGUGGACUGACCUACAAGGACAGUGGAGUGGACAUCGCUGCAGGGAACGCUCUUGUUGACCUGAUCAAACCGCUGGCCGCAGCCACUGCCCGGAAAGGGUGCAGUGCUGAGCUGGGCGGGUUUGCAGGCCUGUUUGACCUGAAAGCAGCGGGGUACAUAGACCCUAUCCUUGUGUCUGGGACUGAUGGAGUGGGAACCAAGCUGAAGAUCGCACAGGAGUGUAAAAAGCACGACACUCUGGGACAGGACCUGGUGGCUAUGUGUGUGAAUGACAUCCUGGCGCAGGGGGCGGAGCCUCUCUUCUUCCUCGAUUACUUCUCAUGCGGGAAGCUGGAUGUGGGCGUGGCUUCCUCGGUCAUCGCUGGCAUCGCUGAGGCCUGCAAAACAGCCGGCUGCGCAUUGCUGGGGGGCGAGACGGCGGAGAUGCCGGGGGUGUACCCCCCAGGGGAGUACGACCUGGCUGGCUUCGCGGUGGGCGCGGUGGAGAGAGACAGGAUGCUCCCGCGCCUCGACUCCAUCUCCGCCAGAGACCUGCUCCUGGGGAUCGCCUCCUCCGGGGUCCACAGCAACGGAUUCAGCCUGGUCCGCAAGGUGCUCCAGAGGGCCUGCCUGCAGUACUCCUCCCCAGCGCCGUUCGGGGCGGCCGGCCAGACUGUGGGGGAGGUGCUUCUCACUCCAACCAAGAUCUACAGCAAGCUGCUUCAGCCAAUCCUGCGCAGCGGAGCAGUGAAGGCAUACGCCCACAUCACGGGGGGCGGGCUCUUAGAGAACAUCCCCAGGGUUCUCCCCAAAACCCUGGCUGUGGACUUGGACGCCUCUCUGUGGAAGAUCCCGGAGGUGUUCUCCUGGCUGCAGCGAGAGGGCCAGCUCUCUGAGGAGGAGAUGGGGCGCACCUUUAACUGCGGGCUGGGCAGCGUGCUGGUGGUGGGGCGCGAGGCCGCAGACGAGGUCCUGAGAGAACUGAAGAGCCACGAGGAGGCGUGGGUCAUAGGAACAGUAACGCAGCAGCAGCCAGGCGAGGAGAGGGUGCUGAUCCGAAAUCUCCUCCGCUCUGUGCAGUCUGGCUCCAGGGGGACCCCAGUGAGCACUGGCCUUCGAAGUGGAGACCCCGAGCGCAGAGCCAGGGUGGCCGUCCUCAUCUCAGGAACAGGCACAAACCUGCAGGCCCUGAUGGAGCAGGUGAAGAAGCCAUGGAGCUCCGCUGAGAUCGUCCUGGUCAUCUCCAACCGGCCCGGGGUGGAGGGGCUGAAGAAGGCAGCACUGGCAGGGAUCCCGACCAGGGUCGUGGAUCACAAGCAGUACGGGAGCCGCGCUGAGUUCGACAGCACCAUCGAGCGGGUCUUGGAGGAGUUCAGUGUGGAGGUGGUCUGUCUCGCCGGGUUCAUGAGGAUCCUCAGCGGCCCCUUCGUCAGGAAGUGGAGCGGUAAACUGCUGAACGUUCACCCCUCCCUGCUGCCCUCCUUCAAGGGGGUGAAUGCUCACAGACAGGUCCUGCAGGCUGGGGUUCGGGUCUCGGGCUGUACUGUGCAUUUCGUAGCUGAGGAAGUCGAUGCAGGAGCCAUCAUUGUCCAGGAGGCGGUGCCAGUGAUGGUGGGUGACACAGAGGACAGCCUAUCGGAGCGGGUGAAGGAGGCGGAGCAUCGAGCUUUCCCUGCCGCUCUGGAGCUGGUGGCUAGCGGCACUGUGCGGCUCGGAGAGGACAACAAGAUCCGCUGGAACACCCAGGAGCAGCACUAGACUGGAGCAUCCCAAUACUAACAAGAUCCUCUGGAACACCCAGGAGCAGCACUAGACUGGAGCAUCCCAGUACCAACGAGAUCCGCUGGAACACCCAGGAGCAGCACUAGACUGGAGCAUCCCAGUACCAACGAGAUCCGCUGGAACACCUAGGAGCAGCACUAGACUGGAGCAUCCCAAUACCAACAAGAUCCGCUGGAACACCCAGGAGCAGCACUAGACUGGAGCAUCCCAAUACCAACGAGAUCCGCUGGAACACCCAGGAGCAGCACUAGACUCCCAAUUCCAACAAGGAACUGUUUACAUCUCACCCCGGGAUCAGAGCUGGAGUGAGAUUGUGGCUUCAUUAAGUGACACUGUGUUUGCUAAUGAACCCAUACAGAAUCAUUCCCAAGAGCACACACAUACACACUCACUCACUCUAGUGACUUUUUUUGGUUUCCGGUUGAUGAAGACCUAAUCCUUUGAGGUAUUGUGUUGAUGCUCAGUGCUAUGCUGAUUCAGUUAUUCUCUCCUCGUGUUUUGAUCAUGGGUUUUGUUGAAGAGAUAUUAUCCCUUUUCAUUCCAGUUCUUUUUAAAGCUGCAGCUGCUACCAUGUGACUGGGUUAUAUAAACUGCAUGUUAAAUAUGUUACUGAUACUGACCUCCUGAAGUUUCAGCUUCGUUGGGACGGUACACUUUGGGUUAUUGUCUUGAUUUGUAUGACCUCAUUUCCAUUCCCAGUGUUGUGUAUUAAAGAUGAACCCUUUCGCUGCACAAGUUGCUUUAUCAAUCAUACCUGUACUUUUCCAUUGUGUGUUUAUAGUUGCUGCUCUGCUGUAUUCUGUUGUUUCUCUAUAAAGUCCCAUUGCAGGUGG